GUGCACCAAUGCAACCUGUUGUUAUGGUUACAUUUUAGGUAAAAAUAAACAAAACAAAUAUAAACAAUAAAAAUUAAAUUGUUUGGACACAAGCAAAAGAAGGGAACAAAUUAUUAUUUUUAAAAUAAACACCUAUUAAUAAACGAAAUUAAUACACUUUCAAUAUGGAUUGGGCGGAGGAAUUAAAACUUUCAAUAAGGAAGACAACUGCUCGCAAAGGUCGUCGUUCGAGUCAACAAAAACCCCAAUCAGGCUCUCCUACGACUCCAGAAAAAGAAAUAUCUUUAGACCUUAGCAUUGAUAUCAAUCAAGAUACAACAACCGAUUCUUCUGAUUCGAAAUUGCCUCCAAGACGUAUUUCUGGAGGAUGGGCUGACAGUGGAUUGAAAUCAUCAAAGCACAGGAAUAAGAACUUAUUAGACGAUGAACGAUUUCGUCAAUCGAGUAAAUCUAAUGAUAGCUCACCACCGGAAGAAGAUAUUCCUAUUAUUCCCGAUUUGGAUGAUGUCAAAGAGGAUAUUAUAAUGAAUGAAAUCGUUGAGCCACCUUCGGUCACUGUGAAUCGUGUUGUUACAUUGAAAGAACUCAAUUCUGAUUUACUUUCUCAAAAUGCAUUCUCAGCUAUCGAAGAUGUUGAUUUGACAAUUUUAACUCGAUGUCUUCAAGCUCAAGAUAGCUUAGAUGAAGCUGAUGAAGUGUGGGAAUGGGAUAAGUUAUUCACAGAUGUUACAGCUGAAAUUCAUUCGGAUAAGACCACAAUUGAAGGCAAAAUUGAAAUUGCUGCAGAUGAAAUAACACACACUUUUACUUAAAUUUAUCUUAAUAAAAAAAAAACUAUGCACAAUUUGCUGACAAAAUAUUAUUUUAAAUUUGUAAUUUUAUGUGAAAAUUAGCACCUUAAAUAAAUAAAACGUUUGAUUUGAACUUUUGAG